AAUUCUGAAAUACAGCCAAAUAAUUCUACUCAGAGAAAGAGAAAGAGAAGAGAGAGAAAAGCAUCUUCUCAAUUAAUCAAAUGAAAUGAAGUCCUCUCUUCUUCUUCUUCUUCUUCUUGUUUGAGUUCCCUCCAACUCCAAACUCCAAUCAUUCAUUAUAUAUAUAUAUUCUGUCCUGUCUUAUUCUGUGCUGUCUGCAGAGAGGGUGCCAUGUUUCUUUUUCUCUCUCUAUACUCUUUCGAAGAAGAAGAAGAAGAAGCUGUUAAUUCUCUUGUUGUUGUUUAAGGGCUUGUUUGAUCUUUGGUCUCCGGCUAAGUUUCUGCUUCAUUUGGAUCAGGGGAUUGGGGAAUUGAAUCAACAUUUCCAUGAGGUGACAAAAUGGAUCAAAAACAACAACAGGAUUUAGUUUCAGGAUUGUAUAAAAUUCCAACAGCUGAAAGUUCUAAAAGCAUGACAUUUGAUGCAAGCAUGUUUUCCACUUCCUUGCCUGUCUUCCCUUAUGAUAAAUUGAAUUACCCUGACCUGCACGAUGAUAGUGGUGGAAAUGGAAUAGGAAGAAGUUGUUUGGUUCUUCCAAGAGAUGAAAAUGAGCUUUUAGAUUUUGACCUUAAUAAUUUACCCUCGCAAUUGGAGGAAUUGGAAGAUGAUUUUUUCUACAGUGGUGGUGGGAUGGAAUUGGAGUCGUCACAAGAUGAUAUUAGUAAUAAAAUUGUUGGCGGCUUAUCGAAACUAAACUUUUCUGAUGGUGGAAAUGGAAUCCUCAUUCCUCCUCCGAUGGGUGGUGGUCAUUACUACCCUGUUGUUCCAAAUACAACAGCAGUAGUAGCUGGGGAACAUCCGAAUGGAGAACAUCCUUCGAGGACAUUGUUUGUUAGGAAUAUUAAUAGUAACAUUGAAGAUUCUGAACUCCAUUCUCUAUUUCAACAAUAUGGAGAUAUCAGAACUAUGUACACUGCAAGCAAACACAGAGGGUUUGUGAUGAUAUCUUACUAUGACAUUCGAGAUGCUCGAAAUGCAAUGCGUGCUUUACAAAAUAAACCCCUCAGACGCAGAAAGUUGGAUAUUCAUUUCUCUAUUCCCAAGGAUAAUCCGUCUGAAAAGGAUGUAAAUCAAGGAACCCUUGUUGCGUUCAAUCUGGAUGCUUCUGUAUCUAAUGAUAUUCUCUUUCAAAUCUUUGGUGCUUAUGGAGAGGUCAAAGAGAUCAGGGAAACACCACACAAACGACAUCAGAAGUUCAUUGAGUUUUACGAUGUUAGAGCAGCAGAAACAGCUCUACAAGCUCUGGACAGGAUUGAAAUAGCUGGCAAACGCAUGAAGCUUGAAGCAAGCCGGCCUGGUGGGGCACGCAGGAGCUUGAUGCAGCAAUUGAGUCAGGACCCUGAGUAUGAUGAUGUCCGAUUUAGACAGCAAGUAGGUUCUCCAAUAGCCGUCUCCCCUCCAGGUUACUGGCCACAUUUGGGUAGUCCAGUCGAUCACAGUCCUCUUCAAAGCCUCAGUCAAUCGCCAAAAUUCGGACCUAUAAGCCCAAUGAAGAGCAAUCAUUUGUCUGGAUUGGCCACCAUUCUACCUACCCAUGUUUCCAACACUUCUAGGGUUUCAAACCAGGUAAUUGGCCACUCAACAUCUACCUUUACUAGUUCAAGACAAACUCUUGGCGAAUCGAAUUCUGCUUCGUCUGGCAUUGGAAUGUUGUCUGGUCCUCAGUUUCUUUGGGGUACUAGUCCCUCUUCUCCUGUCUCAGAAUGCUCCAAUUCUUCAGUAGGACAGCAAUUUACAUCCCAGGGACAAGUUUACUCAGAAACUAAUCAUCGCAGAAUUUUCUCAAGUUCGCUUCACCAGCAGCACUAUGUUGGAUCUGCACCCUCUGUUUUCCCUCCUGAUUUGAACUUGGGGGGUUACUACCCAGACUCGCCUGAAACCUCCUUCAUGAAUCGAGUUCCAUUUGGUGGAAUGGAUAGGGGUCACAUGAUGAUGAAUGGAGGUGUCCGUUCGGCUAUAAAUCUCGGUUUUGGACAUACAGAGAAUAUUAACGAAAGUGGUUCUUCAAAUUCAAAAAUAAUGCCAUUGUCGAGUACUAGGCCUUUAUUCUUUGGGAAUGGUCCGUUUCAAGGAAUGGGUGGAGUAACCAGUAGUGAUGAUGGAUUACUUGACUUUAGUCGAAGCAGGCGAAUCGACUAUAACGUCAACCAAAUGGAGAUGAAGAAGCAAUAUCAGCUUGAUUUGGACAAGAUUAAGAAUUGUGAAGAUAUCAGAACAACUUUGAUGCUUAAAAACAUUCCAAAUAAGUACACCUCAAAGAUGUUGCUUGCAGCCAUUGAUGAAAAUCAUAGCAAUUGUUAUGAUUUUCUCUAUUUGCCAAUAGAUUUCAAGAACAAAUGCAAUGUGGGUUAUGCUUUUAUCAACAUGAUUUCUCCUUCACAUAUUAUUCCCUUCUAUGAGGCAUUUAAUGGGAAGAAAUGGGAAAAGUUCAAUAGCGAAAAAGUUGCUUCCUUGGCUUAUGCAAGGAUUCAAGGGAAGACAGCUCUUGUUUCACAUUUCCAGAAUUCAAGUCUAAUGAAUGAAGAUAAGCAUUGUCGUCCUAUUCUGUUUCAGUCCGAAGCCCAGGGUACCGAUCAGGAACCUCUCAACAGCAACCUGAACAUUCUUAUUCGUCAAUCUGAUGGGUCUUACACUGGUGAUUCACUUGAAAGCCCUAAAAGCAAUCUAACCUGAAUAGCCAAACCAUGAUAAGGAGAGCCAGCUCAUUCUCAACAAACAAACCUGGUACUAUUGUGGGUUUUCCAUUUUUAACAAACCUGGUACAGACAUCCAAAGUACAAUAAUAAACUUAGGGCACUGCAAAUAUUUAUUUGGCAAGACUUCAUUGAAGAAAGAAGCAGAGGAAGCAUUUUCUUUCUGUUUUCUUAAAGCGGAUUAAUCAAGGUUGUGUCCUAGUGAAUAUUCUUUCUGUUUUCUUUUGUUCUAGUUAGUAUAUAAAUAUUCCUUUCUAAGUGUAUAGAUUGUAAAAUAGAACUCUAAAGUGAUAUUAUGCAUAUCUUUCCAUUUAUUUAUGCAUCA